AUGAGUGCGUCCACGGAAUUUACUAGUGACUUUUGGAAUGCCUCUAACCAAUACUCAUAUCACGCGUAUAGACCUAACCAGUUCUAUAAUGAUUCACAAAAAUCUAACAAUUAUAUAUCGCCUCCGAAUAGUUUAACUAAAGAUGAUGCAGCUGGUAGUUACCAAGGUCAUCUACCUUAUCCAUUUAUGAAUGGAGUACCUUCAUAUACGAUUAAAGAAGAACCCACAUAUAAUAAUUCUUGUAGGUUUAACAUAAAUCAAACUUAUUCAAAUCUCGACGCACAGACGGACAAUUCUAUUAGUCCGCCACCUAUGAAUCAUAAUUUUACCCACAAUUUAAAUCAGUUUGACAGCUGUAGACAACCAUACAACAACUCAUUAGUGGCAGGUUUGUCUCCUAAUGAUACCAGGCCUAGUUCAUCGCUUAAUGACUCCGACGAUUCGCCGGGCAAAAUGAAGAUCGACGAUUCGCCCGCUCUGCGGGCAUUAUUAAGUAAACCCGGUGGUAAGAAAAUUAACUACGAUUACUCUGAUUUACAUAAGACAGCACAUGAUGAAUACCAAAAGGCUGCUUACGAUAACAUUGUGUAUAAUGAUAAGCACCAAAAAGACGGUGAAUAUAAUUGUGAAGAUAAGGAAUCGCCAUCGUUUAGUAAAGACAAGAUUAUUGUCGAAGAACAAAACAACGAUGAAGCUUUAGCAGUCGCACAAGCUAACUUUUACCCGUGGAUGAAAAGUUCGAAUGAUUUGGGAUCUAAAGGAAGUAAAAGAACGCGACAAACCUACACCAGAUAUCAGACCCUAGAAUUGGAAAAGGAAUUUCAUUUCAACAAGUACUUAACGAGGCGCCGCCGAAUAGAAAUCGCUCACACAUUGUGUUUAACCGAACGUCAGAUAAAAAUAUGGUUCCAAAACAGACGAAUGAAAGCCAAAAAGGACAGUAAAUUUGGCGGUUUGCCACAUGAAUAUACUAACUCGGAAGAUAUAAACAUGAACCAAAACAUAUUUUCGUCGUCAACCAACUUCCCAAAAGGCUUUUAUGGCAAUCCUAGUGAAAUACCGAUGGAGACUUCAACGGUUGAUUCUAACAGGAACUCGUUUGACGACGAUAUUGCUCGACCUUUAACUGCUCUUAAAAAUAUUCCGGGACCGCCCGUUUCACCGUAG